UUUACAUUUCUUAUUUUUUAGCAGCCGGCGUAUAAGAUUUUUAAUAAUUCCUUACUUAAAAUACUUCUUAAUUCGAGAGCAACAUGCAAUAUGGAGGCCGAGAUUAGCAACUCUGUAACCUAUGAAUUAAACGAGCUGGACUUGCAUUCCUGGAGAUCUGUGAAGGAAAGUUUGGAUAGCUUUUUGGUGACAAUUCCCACAGUCUUGGGAUUCAUCCUUUCCCGCCUCCUUUGUGGACACCUGCCGCUGAAAUCCACACGGAGAUUCCUGCUGGAGUUUCUUCUGAUUGGUUUACCCACAGUGAUUUUGGUCACAGUUGGCAGUGCCUAUACUUAUACGUAUUCCCUGGUGGUUUCCAUAGCUAUCGUGGGCUAUAUUUAUGGAAAUGUUGCUCCUAAUCCAUUGAACCACAAAUAUGAGAUCGGAAAACGACCCAUCGUCUUCACCCUACUGCGGGCCACCGCCUACAGUGGAACCUGCGCCGCCAUCCUAGCUGUGGAUUUCCCAUCCUAUCCCACUGACUAUCGAAAGAGCCGGUCUUUCGGAGCCUCCGCGAUGGACAUGGGCAUCGGUCUGUUUGUGGUCACCAUGGGAUUGGUCUCACAUCGAACCAGGAACAGCGCUGACCUGAGAAAACUACCGAGAUCGGUGGUUCCUCUGCUUGUUUUGGGCCUGGCACGAACCAUCGUCAUCACGGCGAUCGACUAUCACCAGGAUGAGUCCGAAUACGGCAAGCACUUGAACGCCUUCUUUACUCUGGGCCUUACCAAACUGAUGGGCAGCCUAUACAGUCUGUUGGUGAAUUCGGAUAAACAGCUUCUGGGACUUUCAUUGGGUCUACUUUUCCUUAACGAGCUGGUGCUCCAGUCGGGUCUUGGCGAGUUUGUGAUGUCCUCCGCUCCCCACGAGGGAUUUUUGAGUGCCAAUCGGGAGGGUUUGAGUUCCCUACACGGAUGCGUGGCCCUCUACCUGCUCAGCAUUUACUUUGCCAGGUGGUACACCUCCCAAGAUACCCUCAGUUACCAGCAGUUUACCAGGAAGUUGAGAGUAAUCCUUUUGGUAGCUAUCCACUGCUGGAUAAUGGUUUUUAUAAGCGCAUACCUAACUGGGAUUGCUCGCGUAACCUUUAAUUUCGGCUAUGUCAUUUGGAUUGUGGCUGUCUGUCUAAGCUUAGUUUUGAUAUUUGCUUAUUUCUUUGAACUGAAACUUGUAAAAUCCGGUUUAAAAAAUAAGAAAUCAGCGGGAGAUAGUGAGCAAACGAGCCCAUCCCUGCCCUCCUUUGUAGAGAGCCUCAAUAUAAAUGGUCUGACCCACUUUAUGCUCUCCAACUUCCUCACGGGAAUGGUCAAUAUGACUUUGGACCCGGGCCAUCGGAAUAAUAUGGAAUCCGUUGCUAUACUAUGUAUAUAUAUGUUUUUUUGUGCUGGAGUAGUUUUCAUUAUGAUGAGAAAGAGUGUGCGGAUAGCUUAAAUUGUAUAUUCCAACAAAAAAAAGUGUGAUAAAUGUUUGUAUUAAAAAAAGAUUUGACAACA